GAGAGGCCACAAUCAAUCUGACACAGAGCAGGAGACACAAGAACCUUCAGGGACAGAUAAAACAACAGAGUUGCCAGAGGAGGACGGAAACCCGAAGCCUGCCGUUUCUGAACUGCAGAGUGAGAGUGCAUCGGGAGGGUGUGGACCUGAGAGAAACCUACAGGAAGAAGAAACAGUGAAGAUUGCUCUUCUCUGACUGGGAUAAUCACAGAUUUUCCUGCCCGUUGUGUUUGUGCCUGUCAGCAGGUGCAAUGCCUGCCACGUCACAACAGCAGGUGGGCAGCAGGGGGCGAUGUGCUGCUCUCCUGCUCCCUCUCCUCCUGCUAUCCGUGGCUCCCAGGCCUGGGAAUGCCACCAUCAACAUCCCAUCCAAAUACAAAAUAAGAGAUUUGAAAAGCCCCCCAGUGAUCACCGCUCAGCCGGAGUCUGUAACCACCUUUUCAGCAGAUGACAUCACACUCACCUGUGAGGCAACUGGGAAUCCCCCGCCCACGUUCCGCUGGGUGAAAGAUGGUGUGGAGUUUGACCCCUCUAAAGACCCUGAACUCUCCGUGUCCAGAGAUUCUGGGACCUUCUCGUUGACAGCCAAAGAUGGACCCAUUCACCAAUAUCAGGGCAGAUACAACUGCUACGCGUCUAACGUUCUCGGCACGGCGAUGUCUAAAGAGGCUCGCAUUGUCACAGAGAACACUCCCACUCUACAGAAGGAGAAGAAGGUGACGAAGAAGGUGGAGGAUGGAGAGAGUGUGGUGCUUCCCUGUAAUCCUCCUAACAGCACUGUGGCUCCGGUCAUCCACUGGAUGGACAAGAAGCUGCGGCACAUUCAGCAAAACGAGCGUGUGAUUCAGGGUCGCGAUGGAAACUUGUACUUCUCUCAUGUGACUGUGGCAGACAGUCGAGAGGACUACACCUGCAACACUCAGUUCCCCAGCGCGCGCAUCAUCGUCCUCAAAGAGCCCAUCAAACUCACUGUUGUCCCCUCUAACUCAGUGGUGCGUAACAGAAGACCACAGAUGAUGCGACCCACUGGCUCCCGCAGCUCCUACCUGGUGCUCAGCGGCCAAAACCUGGACCUGGAGUGCAUUGUUCAGGGCCUCCCCUCUCCCAAUAUCCAGUGGAUCAGGAAAGAUGGAGUCCUGUCUGAGUCCCGCACAUCCAAAGAUAGUUAUGAUCGAGUUCUGCGCUUUAAGAAUAUCUCAGAGUCUGACAGCGGCGAGUACCAGUGUACCGCCACAAAUCUGCAAGGCAUAAUCACUCACACCUACAGCGUCACUGUAGAAGCUGCCCCAUAUUGGACUAAAGAACCAAAGAGCCAGCUAUAUGCCCCGGGAGAGACCGUCAAACUGGAAUGUAUGGCUGAUGGCAUUCCCAGCCCUGAGGUCACCUGGAGCAUCAAUGGCAAUCUUCUUACUUAUAUUGACCCAGACCCCAGACGCAGCGUGAAACAUGGUGUUCUCACUCUGAAGAAUGUGGAACUCGGUGACACUGCAGUGUAUCAGUGCAAAGCAGUCAAUAAGCACAGCUCUAUACUGAUCAAUGCCUACGUCUAUGUUAUAGAACUGCCUCCCCAGAUUCUGACAGAAGAUGGUCUGAUGUACUCUGUGGCAGAGGGACAGAUGAUUGAGCUGGCUUGUGAGACCUUUGGCUCUCCUCGGCCUAAUGUCACAUGGGAGGGUGAGACCUGGGGCGCUCUUGUAGCCAACCCAAGGAUGAGCCAGUUACUCGAUGGCUCUCUGCAGAUCAGUAAUGCCUCCCUCAAUGACAGUGGCCAGUACACCUGCACUGUCAGCAACAGCAAAAUCACCAUCACCGCUGAGCUGGACGUACUCAAUAAGACAGUCAUUGUGAAACCUCCACUGGCUCUGCGAAUCCAGCGGGGGAAGCCCGCUACCCUCACCUGUGAGUACCAGGUGGACUCCAGGCAGGACGCCCCUCAAGUCCAGUGGAGGAAAAACCGACAGAAGCUCACAGAGUCCUCUGAUUCAGACAAGUACAUAAUAGACGAAUCUACCCUCAUAAUACCUGAUGUCAAGGAAGAGGAUGAAGGGAUUUACACCUGUGAAGUCAUUACCACUCUGGAUAUAGCUGAAGCGAGUGGCUCCAUCACUAUCGUUGACCGACCAGACCCUCCGACCCAAAUACAGAUGACCGAACCUAAAGACCGCAGUGUCACUCUCAGCUGGACACCAGGAGAUGAUCAUAACAGCCCUGUGCUAGAAUAUUUGAUUGAGUUUGAGGAGACUGAAUAUGAAAGAAAAGAAUGGGAGGAGCUAAGCCGCGUGUCAGGCAACAAUCAGCGAACCACCCUUUCCCUGAAGCCCUUCCUUUCCUACCGUUUCCGAGUCAUCACCAUCAAUGACAUCGGCAAGAGUGACCCGAGCAUGUACACGGACGUCUUUUCCACACCAGCUGCUCCUCCAGACAGUAACCCUGAAGGAGUGCGCAGUGAUUCCAUCGACCCAGGCACCCUUUCAAUCACAUGGAAGGAAAUGGACAGACGUAGUUUCAAUGGCCCAGGUUUUGAAUAUAAAGUGAUGUGGAGGAAAGUUUUGGGCAGCGGACCAUCCUGGCACAUCAAGUCCAUCAAGUCUCCACCCUUAAUCGUCACAGAUGUGGGCAACUUCUCUGCCUUUGACAUUAAAGUGCAGGCUGUUAAUGAGAUGGGAAAAGGCCCGGAGCCCAAAUCCACCAUUGGAUACUCUGGAGAGGACUACCCGCUUGAGGCCCCUUUGAAUGUGGCAGUGGAUCUGAUCAACAGCACUGCCAUCAAAGUGGUGUGGGCGCCCAUAAACAGAGAAACUGUGAGAGGUCGUCUGCAGGGUUACAAGAUUUAUCUAAUGCACUAUGGCCCGGAAAGCAGACACCUCCGACGGGAGCGUGUUAGGGAGGGGAAGCCAAGCGACAUCUCGUUUGAGAUGACAGACAGUAAUGAGGAGAAGAAGGUUCUGGGAGAUCUGCAGCCCUACUCCCAUUACGCACUGUCUGUGAGUGUCAUCAACAAUAAAGGAGAAGGUCCCCAGUCUGACCCCCUCACUUUCCACACUCCAGAAGGAGUACCUGGUCCUCCAUCAUCUUUACUGCUGGAUAGCCCAUCGGAGACGGAAAUUACACUGCAUUGGACUCCGCCCACCCAGCCGAAUGGUGUCCUGAAAGGAUACAUAUUACAGUAUCAACAAGUUGUUAAGGAAGACGGUCCCAUGCAAGUGGAAAAGAUCAGUGACCAAGCCGUGUCUCACUUCAGCUUAAAGCUGGAUCCUCACAACCGUUACCGCUUCUACCUGCGAGGCUACACUUCUCAGGGAGAAGGACUGCCAAUCAUCAGGGAGGGAGCUACAACACUGGAUGGAGUUCCGCCCUCCAACAUUAGUUUAUCGUCUGGAGAGACAUCAGUCAACCUGACCUGGGUAUCGAAAGAAAGACAGAGGAACGUGGGAUUCUUUAUUCAUUACCUGAAAAAGGAUGGCAAAGGCACAUGGAAGCACUCUGAAAGAGUAAACAGCUCUCAGUCCUUUUACACACUGCAGGGGCUCCAGUCCGGAGCCGAGUACCGCCUGAAGAUUGACUUCAAAAACAAAACUUUAUGGGAAGAUGAGAUCCAGACAGCAGGAGCAAAAGUCAUGGAGGUGCGUAAAGGGUUUGUGACUGAGAGCUGGUUCAUUGGACUCAUCAGCGCCCUCGUGCUGUUGCUGCUGGUACUGCUCAUUCUGUGUUUCAUAAAACGAAGCAAAGGUGGAAAAUACUCAGUCAAAGAAAAAGAAGAAGGCCAGAUAGAUUCUGAAGCUCGGCCAAUGAAUAAUGAGGGUUUUGGAGAAUACAGAUCACUGGAGAGUGACAAUGAGGAGAAGCGGACGGCCAGCCAGCCGUCUCUGUGCGAGGAUAGUAAGCUAUGUACCGACGACGCUCUAGACGACUAUGCCAACAGCAACAGCGUGCAGACCGAGGUCAUCAUGGACGAGUCGCUGGCCAGUCAGAGCAGUGGAGUCCGAGAUGUUCCUGACCCUGGGACUCAGGAAAGUUCCCCUCUAAAUCCUGCCACAGCCAUCUCCCACCACGGCCUGCCCAACUCCGCCGCCCUCCUUGACUAGCCGGGGCGACACCGAGACCAAUCGUGGAUUCACACAUGUGCCCACCUGUUGCAACCGCUCAUGACUGACCAAAUAAUCCAAAACCCACAAUAAUGAGACCUACACACACAACAGAUGCCAAGAAAACCAUCCAGAUGCACUGCUGGACGUAAUUGGACCAACACAACACUUUUAACACAGCCAGAGGAAAACAUUCGACUGACAUAUAACAAAUAGACUGCCUUGCUCGUUGUUUACAGAUAUUAUCGCUCAUUUUACGAUAUAAAAUAGGCUAUAGCCGUUUACAGUUGUACAAACAUGACAAGAAGAGACUAAUCCAGUGACAAAUAAGGUAGACGCCUAGCUCCCAUCCCAAAUCGGAGUCAGAUUCACCUGUUGGUCAAUAAAAAGCGUUGCGGAAGGAGGGUGUGAGGGAGAAGAGAGAAGCUGAGGGCCUUAAAAUCAUGACUAAGUGCGUUGUGCAAGCAUAUAGACAGCGUGAGUUGGUUAUACUUGUUGCAAAAUUUAAUCAACUUAUUGUGUUUUGUGCGUCUCUACCAUUUGUUGCUUUUUUAUUCUUUGAAGACUUGCCUGAACCAUUUUUAUAAUUAAUUUUGUAUUAUUAAUUUAUUCUUUUUUUUACACAAGAAUCAGUUUGUGUCGUGUUUUAAAGGUGCUGUAAGUGAUGUUAGCCAUUGUGGAACUUCUCCGUUUUAGCCACUGACUUUAAAAAGAUUAGCGCGGUUCGCAUUGCCCUGCUGGUACAUAUUACAAACAACUUUCUCUGGCAAAAUUCGCAAUGUUUUCUGAUAGAGUAUUUUUUUCGGCGAACAACUUGCUAAAUUUGGUUAUAUAUUAUAGUAGAUGUUUGAACAGUGCCUAGUUCUUUUCAGAAAUGAAACUUCAUCUAUUUUCUCAAUGCAUCUUAUUGACAUUGUGAAAUAUGUUUCAUUUUUAACUCAAAAUUAUCGAUGUCUUAACUCUUUCUUCCAGUGAAUUUCUUAGAAUCGACUACAAUGUCACAUUCAGAUCUGCCACCAUCUAAUCAACAACCGUUCCAUAAAAUUUGCUUACAGUACCUUUAAGUCAUCUGUAUGUUGAUAUAUUGUAGUGUAUACAUAUCAAUAGAAGAUACAUAUCGACAAUGACAUCCCCUCAGUUACGAUUACAGAUUUCCGUAGUGUAAAUACAUGAGAUGCAAAGGCUUUACGACGCUAGAUCGUUUAUAGCAAGCUGUACAUACAAGCAUCUAUCAAUUUAGCCAAAUACAGUAUUAUAAUCGCUUUAAUCUCCAUCGGUUCCUGUGCCUGCCUUCGACAACAUACUCACCACCAUCUCUCAUGUUUAUUCCUCCCUCUGUAUGUGUCUGUGUUCUUAAUUCUUGUUUUCUGCGUUGUAUUAAACUGUACUGAUUAUCUCUUGCGGUCCUGUUGGUGUAAAGCCAUAAGAAUACACGCGUAAAGUGCGUAGAUUUGAGGUCGUAUUGAGUUAGAUAGGGCUGUGAGAGAGUACGUCACACACACACACACAG